UAUUAAUCUGGAUAUUAAAGGUAAGGAAAGCUAUAUGGUAUUAGAAGUCAUUACAAAGACCUGCAAACAAAUUAGAAAAUAUGAAUAUGAUAGAAAUUGAGCCAGUAAAUUAUACAAUAUACAAACCAAAACUGGAAAGAUUGCAAAGUUAACAAGAACAAAAAAAAAGCCCAGAUGAAUAAAAAUCAUCAAUUUCUCUCCCUUUCCUUCUCUCUCCUGUUUACAUAUACGAUGGCGUAACAUCUAAUGUAGCCCACAUAGAUCUCUUUCGUUUUCUCUCCCCGAUUUCUUGAAUUCUCCGCCACUUGUGAGAAUUUGAUGUUGACGCCUCAAUAAGGGGCAAAGAUUCGAAAGAAAAACCUAUUAUACCAAAAACCCCGAAAUAAUUUCGCCGGAUUGAGUCAUGGGACAAGCUUCUUCUGUUCUGCGUUGUAUUUACGCUUCAAUUCUAUGGCACAUGGAUAUUCAAGUGUUUUUCUUAAUAGAUUGUCUUGAAUCGUGUGAAAUGCAUUCUGAGGAUGACAAAGCCCUCCUGGAGAAGAACAAGAAAAGGAUCGUCAAGACACGUGCUCAAGUUGAAGCACUUGAAAAGUUCUACAAUGAACACAAAUACCCCACGGAAGCAAUGAAACAACAGGUUGCUGAGUCUAUAGGCUUGACCGAGAAGCAAGUUUCCGGUUGGUUUUGCCACAGAAGGUUGAAAGACAAAAAAGUAAUAAACGAGGAGAAACACGCGACUGGUGUAAUAAGGCAAGACAGGUCGAGUGGGGUCAUACAAGAUCGAGGUAGUGGGCUUAGGCAAGAUUCUUGUGGCAGCACAAAACAAGGAGAUGACCUGAAUCUGGACAUGAGAGAAGUCGAGAGUGAAAGGUUGACAGCAAAAGAAUUCUCUAAUGCUGACUUGACGUACGAGCACGGCAGCCAUCAUGCUGGGAAUUAUAACCAUGUGGACAGAUUGUCUUCCGGAAGUAGCUCCUCAAUGUCUAACCACCAAGAAAGGGUGCCUCUUGAUGCGGUGACCUCGAGAUAUCAGGUGCCAAAAUUCCACACGGGUGCAGAACAUGAGAAAGCCCGGCAUGGCCCGGCGGGCUAUUUGAAAGUCAAGGGCCGGGCCGAAAAUGGCGCAAUAACUGCAGUUAAGAGGCAGCUCGGGAAGCAUUAUAGGGAGGAUGGCCCGCCGCUUGGGGUCGAGUUCGACGCGCUUCCUCCUGGUGCGUUUGAGUCAGCAACAGGGGAACCUGAUGAAGAAAAUUACUAUGAUGGAGAAGAUGUUCUCCCUGCCUCAACUGAUGUUUCGGAAAUGCAACAGAAUCCAAAUAUCAGCAAGGGACGUGAAUUCAAGCCCAGCAUGGCUUUUGAAAACCCCAACGUUGGGCGUGCCUAUGAUAUUCAUGAUACUCACACACACCACAAGUUCAGACAACCUCCAUCAAUGUCCACCGAUGGCAUUUAUUAUCCGCGGAGCACCUCUGUGAUAGAAACACGACGUAGUGAGAGUAUGAAUGAGUAUGGGGUGAGAGUCGGGUCUCGUGUAGAGGUUAUGAGAUCGGAUUCUUUUACUGGCAACUCUAAUUUGCAGCCUUCUGGUGGGAAAGUGAGGAAGGAACGAAUGGAGUCUCAGUUUUGCAAGUAUAGUGAUGUAGGCCCAAAGGUUUCCAUUAGAGAAACCAUGGAAAACGAGUUUUCCAAUAUGACUGAGAAAGGAAAUGAGUAUUACGGUUCAGGAGAAAGGGGGAUGCCCAGACAGAUUGUAAAGGUUAGACUUGGAAUAGAUGCAAAAGUUGCUCUUAAGGAUGGAAAAAUGAUGUACUCUAAUAGGAGGAUGAUAGAUGAAAACCCAGUCACGGUUCCCUUCAAGAAUGAUCUUGCUGCUCCAAAACGGAUGAGGGAAGAAUUCCCUCAGCAGCAAUACCAGAAAAGAUCAUCAUUCGUGGAUGACCAACCACACAAGUAUCAAGUUGUAAGGUCCAGAACAGAGAUGCCGACUAGUUUUAGCGAAGACGAGGAAAGUGUUGAAACAAGUUCUUCAGUGGAUUAAGGGAACGUGAAGAGUGGGAACAGAAUAUGUAUGACGUGGUGGCAAAGUUGUGUACAGAUGUUCGAGGUUCUCAUUUUAUUCAACUUUAUCGUUGCCAACUUGCAAUGUUAGCUAAGGCAUUGUAGGUGAACUAUCAGUAUCAGUGAACAAUGGUUUUUGUCAAGCCAAUAUUAAUAAUGUAAAGUGUAAACAAUGAUAUUUGUCAUGAGAACCAUGAUAAUCUAUCCAUACUCAGAUAUUUUUCCUGGCCUUGCACUUAAUCGUUCUUUCAUGAUUUUAAUUGAUGGAAAUUAUUUUGUUAUAUUAGGCAGCUUUUCAGUUUUUGCCCUUAAUCGUUCUUUCAUGAUUUU